AUGUACAGGACAGCGCCAUGUAAUAGAGCUUCUGUCACUCUAGAUGGAAAAUACAAGUCACUGUCUGUGUCGGGUUACGGGUUGGGUGAUGGUGAGGGCGAUGGAGAAGGCGAUGGUGAUGGAGAUGGUGAGGGCGAUGGCGAGGGAGAUGGGGAAGGUGAGGGCGAUGGCGAUGGGGACGGCGAGGGUGAUGGGGAAGGUGGUGAUGGCGAGGGUGAGGGUGAUGGAGAAGGCGAAGGUGAUGGUGAUGGAGAUGGUGAGGGCGAUGGCGAGGGAGAUGGGGAAGGUGAGGGCGAUGGCGAUGGGGACGGCGAGGGUGAUGGGGAAGGUGGUGAUGGCGAGGGUGAGGGUGAUGGAGAAGGCGAAGGCGAUGGAGAAGGUGAGGGCGAUGGUGAUGGGGACGGCGAGGGUGAUGGGGAAGGUGGUGAUGGCGAGGGUGAGGGUGAUGGAGAAGGCGAAGGCGAUGGAGAAGGCGAAGGCGAAGGCGAUGGAGAAGGUGAAGGUGAAGGAGAAGGCGAUGGCGAUGGCGAUGGCGAGAUGGCGAUGGCGAUGGUGAUGGAGAUGGAGAAGGCGAAGGCGAUGGAGAAGGUGAAGGCGAUGGGGAAGGAGACGGUGAUGGGGAUGGUGAGGGUGAUGGGGAAGGGGAGGGUGAUGGGGACGGGGACGGGGAGGGUGAUGGGGACGGGGAGGGUGAUGGGGACGGGGAGGGUGAUGGGGAAGGUGAAGGUGAUGGAGAAGGCGAAGGUGAUGGGGAGGGACUAG